UUCAACUCUUUUCCCAGCCCGAUUUCAGAUCAAAGGAGUUCUAUAAUUACCGGGAAGAGCGGAAUGGACAGGCCAAGUUAGUGAUUCCAUUGUCGGGCAUGGCCCGCCCACAUUGGCUGGCCCGAACCCGAAGAUAUCUCCUUAUCCUCCAGAUUGUGCCACGGGUCUCGUCUCUGCUGCUGCUUCUACCGCAAAACCAAGAACGAAAAAUUCCCCAAUGAGCUUCACGUCGUCAUGCCAUUGCCACCCAAAGCUUCUCCUCUCUCCUCCUACCCACAUCCCCUCCAUGAAAAUGAACCGCGACCUCCUCUCGCCCUCCACGGGCCGCCGUCCUAGCUUUCCCCUCGGUAGGCAAGCGACGGUGGCGUCGCGGCCGCCGACGUGGCGAGAGCUCCCUCUCGGAACCAGCGCAAUCGCCGAUCAGUACGGCUCUACUCUCGCCGCCGCUGCUCCGGCGAAGACGGGCGACAUAUCGGUGUUCCUCCAAACGGGUGCGGUGCUUCUGCUUGCGUACUGGAUAGCGAACUUCGUCGUCCCCGACUUGAUAUCCAAGUACUUGGGGUUCGACAAGAUAAACGAGGACGAGAAUUCUGAGGACGAUGAUAGAAAAAUAUCCUCGGAAGGAGGAGGAGGAGGAGAAGAGAGAGAUAGAGGAACUCAAGCGAAUUCGACGAUGACGAAGAAACGGGGUUUCGACAGCACCCGAAGCUGACAUGUACAUUUGGUCGGCUUCAGUGUUUUUGCAUUUUCAUCGUCCAUUGCUGUUCUCCGAAUGCCACCAUCUUCAAAAUGAAGGUAUUCUGUCAGGCUUGAUUCCUGUAACUUCGACAAUAAUAAAAGCAAAGACAAUUCA